ACGCGCAGAGAUUAGAACGUCAUCAGAGCGCGACAUCAUGGAGCGCUAACGUGAGGCUAAUGAAGGGCAGCGAGUUUAUCGUCUAAAUAUCACAGUUGAGGAUGUGUGUGAAUCUUCUGUCCUCCGCUCUGAGGUCUCUGUCUCUGCUGGGUUCUCGGACCGGACCGUCCCAGAUUGUGAACAGAUCUGUCGGUCCAGCUGUAGACGGCAGAGGUUCACUGACCGUAUGGCGAGACUUCAUCACGAGCGCUUCACAGCAGCAGAACCGCACUCAGUGGAAACAGAGAGAGAAAUACACCAUCCGACCCAUCGGCAUGAAGAAAACGGGAGGAAGAGAUUACACAGGUAAAGUCAUAACGCACGGCAUCGGUGGAGGCCACAAACAGAGGUAUCGCAUGAUUGACUUUCAGCGUCUGCGCUAUGAACCAGGAAAAGAAGAUCAGCCCAUCGUGGAGAAGGUUGUUGAAGUGAGAUACGAUCCAUGCAGAUCUGCAGACAUCGCUCUGGUCGCUGGUGGAAGCCGCAAGCGCUGGAUUAUUGCUACAGAGAACAUGGAGUCUGGAGACGUUAUCAAGACGUCUGGUACGAUCGGACGCAUAGCGGUUUUAGCCAACGAGGGAGAUUCUCAUCCUCUGGGUGCUCUUCCGGUCGGGACGCUGGUCAAUAAUUUGGAGCUGUACCCUGGAAAGGGAGCACAAUAUAUACGCGCCGCAGGCACGUGUGGCGUUCUGCUUCGUAAGGUAAACGGCACGGCUAUCGUUCAGCUUCCUUCUAAACAUCAGAUUCAAGUUCUGGAGACGUGUGUGGUCACGGUUGGCCGAGUGUCCAAUGUCGACCACAACAAGCGCAUCAUCGGUAAAGCCGGGCGUAACCGCUGGCUGGGCAUCAGACCGUCUAGUGGCUUGUGGAAGAGGAAAGGAGGCUGGGCGGGCCGCAAGAUCAGACCGCUGCCACCCAUGAAGAGCUUCAUCAACCUGCCCUCUGUUGCUGCUAAAUCAUGAUGAUGUCAUCCAUCACCUGACACAAGCACAGACUAUGCGUGCGUGUGUGUGUUCAUGGAGUGGGUCAGGACUGGACAUCAAAAUCAGAAUAAAACAAACCCAUCAGCUUGACAUGCGUUUGGAUCAGUUCUGUUGACCUGCUGUUUUUUUUUGACAAUAAAUAGAGACAGAGGCACGUGUGAGGUUAAAAACAUUUUAUUUAAACACAACUGCAUGUGUAAGUGUAUAAAGCUAUAAAAUACUGCAACAUACUUCAAAUGUCAAACAUGCAAAGGUUAAACAACAUUUCACGAGUGGUUACAUUAAAAUUCUCUCAAAAUGA